UGUCGGCAGAAACUCGUGACGUGUAGACGUGCGAACGGUUGUUUUCGAAACGUCAAAUUAAAUCUGCGGCCGUGUAAUUGAAAAUAUUUUCAGUGCUUUGAAUGAAAGUGUGUGACAAAAUUGUUGAUCAAACGGUAAAUGAGGGAUGUUUAUAAAUGCAAAAUAGCAAAAACGACAACUUGAUAAAAGGAAAUGCAAUAAAUAGCGAAGAAUUUUGUUAGUGAAAAACAACUAGUGGUACGAAAUAGAAAAAAGGAAAAUAGCGAGUGCUUACAUUUAAAAUGGAUAGCAGCGCUUUUGCAUAGUGAACGGAAAUUGGAAAAAUUGUUAGCUGUCAAGGUGAGAAGUGUGUUCAACAAGGAAGUGGCGCAAAGAAGAAUGGUGGAAAAUUGACAAAAGAAAUCUGAAUGUGAAAUUUAACAUUGAUUAAAGAAUUUUUCGUAAAAAAAUAGUCGAUUGGAGAAAGAUUAAAAAUUAGAGAGAUAAAAUAAGUGAUAAAGGAUAAUGCACCUAGAUUCAAGUGAAGCUACAAGUAAAUGAAUACACAAUAGAAAUUUGAAAAAAAAAAUUAAACAAAGAAAAAUAUUUGAAGUGAAUAACGGAUAAAAGUUUUAGAAUAAAAAAGUUUGUGAAGAAAAGAGAAGAAAGGAAGAAAGUUUACUUUCCUCUAAAAAGUCAGUUUAACAAUUAAAUGUGUAGGUGUGAAAAAUCCAAACACCUGUUUUAAUAUUCCUCAAAUAUAUCAAUAUAUGCAAUAAAAAAAAAUUAAAAAAAUAAUAAUAAUUCAUUAUAUAAAAAAAAAUUAUUAUCGAAAAAUAAAAAAAUACUUUUACCCUAUGACAAUUCCAUGUCAUCAAAUUUACAAACAAUACAAUCUGUGUGCAGUUUUAAACACCGAACGGAAGUGCAACAAACAUAUGUUGUACCGGAAGUGAACGCGUGAAGUGUUAAAAUGAAAAUGUGUUAAAUUCCAGCCCUUAAAUACGCAUAUUGAAAAGAGAAAAAUUGACAAUUCAAUUGAUAUUUUGGAGCAAAACCCUCCCCCCCAAAAGACCCAAACUAAAACUGUCAUAAAGACUACAUACACUCCCAAGGCACACACACACACAUACCGACAAAAAAAAAACAACGCUAGCAUGGAGGAGGAACUACGUUGCCCGACAUGCAAACAGCUUUUCGCCAAUCCGGUACUAUUGCCAUGCUUUCACGCCCUCUGCCUGGGCUGUGCACUCGACAUACAGACCGCGUAUACGCCAGCUUCGGCCUUGGCUGCUGUCAACGUCAGUGCAGCUGCAUUGGUCUCCAACGGCAAUAUUAACGGCGGUGGCGGCGGCGGCGGCGGCGGUUGCCUAGUACAUUCACAUCCAUUGCAUGGUAGUACAGCAUCUCAUGGUAACAGUAUUACCACUACCGCUACAGUACAUGCACACGGUGGUGUUGGCGCGUCCGCAUCAGUCCCAACACCACAACCACCUUCAUCUCAUCCACCAUCGACACGUCAUUCAUCGAACAGUUCAGCCGCAAGUACGGCUAGCUCUGCUACGGGCAGCGAAAGUGUCACUUCCGAUCAGGAUCAAGCAGAUAAGGUGAGCAUUUUGAGUGAGGCCGAUUCGGGCGUCGUUUGCUGUUCGAACACAUCACGUCCGGUUUCGUACGCCGGCACCGCACAGUUACAAGGUUUACUACAGGGUGCUGCCGCUGCUGCACCGCCUGGUGCUGCUUUCUAUCUCACUUGUCCGCUCUGCCGGAAGCUUGUGUUCUUCGACGAGGGUGGUGUACGUAAUUUGCCCGCCUAUCGUACUAUGGAAUCGAUUGUUGAUCGUUUUUGUGCACGUGAGGCAUUACGCUGUCAAAUGUGCGAAACGGAUCCGAAGGUGGCUUCGAUUGUGUGUGAGCAAUGCGAAAUACGUUAUUGUGAUGCAUGUAGGGAGCUAUGUCAUCCGGCACGUGGCCCAUUGGCUAAACAUAAUUUGGUAAAGCCGCGCAAUGCGGCAUCACAAAGAGAGUCCGUUUGCGGUGAACAUGAAGAUACACUGUCAAUGUAUUGUUUGGUGUGUAAGAUGCCCGCCUGCCCACAGUGCAUUGCCGAAAAACAACAUCCCGGACAUGAGGUGCAGUCCAUCAGUGUCACUUGUAAGGCACAAAAGACGGAACUCUCACAUAAUUUGCAGCAGUUGUCGGAGAAGGCACGUUCCACCACAGAAUUUAUACAGCGAUUAAAAGGCAUGAGUGACAAAGUCACGGAGUCCUGCAUGGAAUUCGAAAGACUGGUGACAGCCCAAUGUGAAGCCUUAAUACAAGCAAUACACGACCGACGCGAAUAUCUACUCGAGGCCAUACGCAUGGAUAAGGAUACGAAAAUCAGAAUAUUAAAGGAUCAACAAUCAAAUUGUACGGGCAAAUUGCAGCAAACCACUGGACUAAUACAAUUCUGCAUUGAGGCGCUGAAAGAGACGGACAGUGCUGCCUUUUUACAAGUUGGCUCCAUGUUAAUUAAUCGCGUUGCCAACACAGACAUGACCUGGCAUCAGGAGGUGACAAAUGCCGCUCCGCGUGUAUCACCAAUUGUGGAUUUGACAUUAGACGAUGCUGCUCUGGUGCGAGCCAUUGAUAAUUUGAAUUUUAUGCAGAUGAAAGCUGUCAAAGAUGAGGAAGAGAGAUUACCAGCAGCACCCUUAGCUCCCACAAUUGUUCCGGAAGAUUGUUCAGCGGAGAAUAAUUCUGUUACGGUGGCGUGGCAUGCACCUGCUCAUUCCUUUGUCGAUGGUUAUGUUUUGGAGUUGGACGAUGGCAGUGGCGGUGAAUUUAGGGAGGUCUAUUGCGGCAAGGAAACAAUUUGCACCGUCGAUGGACUUCACUUCAAUUCGAUGUACAAUGCGCGAGUGAAAGCCUUCAACAACGCAGGCGAAGGUGAAUAUUCAGAACUCAUUGGAUUACAGACCGCAGAAGUUGCCUGGUUCACAUUUGAUCCGAUACUCAGCGGUGGCGCCGGUUCUGGUCUGGUCUUCAGCAAUAACAACGCCACGGUCUCCGUUGAGGGUUGGGAGCAUCGUGUCGCUCUAGGAUCGGUCGGUUUCUCGCGUGGCAUUCACUAUUGGGAAUUCACCGUGGACAAGUAUACAAUGGACACAGAUCCGGCGUUUGGUGUGGCGCGCAUCGAUGUCAAUCGCAACAAAAUGUUAGGUAAAGACGAAAAAUCCUUUGCCAUGUACAUUGAUGGCCAACGCUCGUGGUUCCAACACAAUUCCGUGCAUGAGCGACGCGUCGAGGGCGGUAUAACAACUGGCAGCACCAUCGGUGUACUGCUCGAUCUGGAGCGGCAUACACUGAGUUUCCUUGUGAAUGAAAUGCCCCAAGGUUCUGUAGCUUUCCGUGAUCUCUAUGGGGUCUUCUAUCCGGCAGUAAGCAUCAAUCGCGGUGUAACACUCACCUUACACACCGCUUUGGUGGCGCCCAAAAUGGAUUAUUUCUGAGUAAGGAUGAAUAAAGGACGCUGCAAGCAGAGAGAGUGAAGGCGCAGUGAGAGUGAGUCGCGGCCAAGGGAGAACGAGUGAAAAUACAAAACAAUGGGAGCAAGUUAAGACACAGUGAGAGCGAGUGAUCCCCAAAGCGAGAGCGCUUAUUGCAGCUAAAGAAGAGCACUGUAUGUAAGUAGCGGUAGAUCAGUGAUAGAUCACCACUGAUUAUUGCUUUUGUAAAUAUUUACAUUUAAAAUUUUUAUUUUUAAAUUUAAUAAUAAUUUUAAAAACUUGUGUGUUCUUUACAUACAUACAUACAUCUAAGUGAAAUAUUAUUACCAGUUGUACUUGUGUAUAAAUAAAUAGAUAUUCUAUAUUAGUUAGUUUUAAGUAAUUUAUUUUUUUAGGUUAUGUUAAGUGGCAUAGUUAAAUGGGUCGUAGGCACAUAUCUUAAGCAUUUAAAAUGGGAAAAAUACCAAAAAGAAAACAGCGGUGUAGAUUAAAGUAAACAAGUUAAUAUUCAACAUAAGAAUGAAUAUGCAAAGCAAUACAAUUGAAAAAAAAGUAAAUAAAUAAGAAUAUUAAUUAAAUUAUUGAAAUGAUUGUGGAAAAUUAUUCAUAACAAAAAUUGCUGCAUAAAAACUCUCACUGUAAUAUCUAAUAGCUAAGUGUUUAUUAUAAAUGACUUAUAUGAAAUUACAUAAAAACUGAAAACUACACUAAUUAAAUAAGAAAUGAUCUUUAUCAGCACUUUUAUGCUUUGGCAAUAACCACAAAAAUUUACAAAACUUAUAAACAAAUAAUUAUUUGCAGCGAAAAUGCAUUUAGGCACAACAAAAGCAAAAAAAAAAAAAAAACAAGAAAAAAUAUUUUUCAAACACCACCAAAAAUUGCAUUUAAUGUAUGUACAUGAAUACGAUGUACACGUACUACUAAAGCAAACUAUUAAAACGAAAAAAA